AUGGCCCUCGAACGUUGCUGCCGAGGGAUUCAGUGCAGCCUCGGUCUACGUUGGGCUGUUGUGUGUCUUGCGUGUUUACUGUGCGGGCCUGCAGUCGGGACUGCCUUCAUAAUUCCUCAACGCAGCCUACAGAGCUUUCAAAGUAAUUCCCGUGUUCUCCCCUCUGUUGGAAGGUGGUGGUAUGUUGGAGAUACAGCUGUGAAACAAUGUAACGGUUGGUUUCAGCAGCCAGGACGGUCUCGUCGGUCAUUCCCUGGGGUUGUUGAUCAUGGGACGACCUGGCCAGCUGUCAUAGAAGGAUGUCCUUCUUUCGGAGAUGGAGUUUUGCAUGGAAUAGCAAAUCCUAGUGACUGGAUGGAGAGUGAACCCACAGAGCUAGGGCUGGAUGCGACACCCUCCAGUGUUUCACCUGAGCUACCGGAGCCUGGACCGCAGCGGAGCAGCUUCUCAUGGGGAACUCGGAAAAGGUCCUAUGCGCGGGUUCAACUUCCCCCUGGGUCAGGAAAGCUAACGAUCAACAACAGAGACGCAGUCGACUAUCUUCAGGACAAUCCAUGGUGGAUCCAUAAUUGCAUUGCUCCACUGAUGGAACUGCAACUGGAAAAUGAGUUCGAUGUCAUUGCAGAGGCACACGGUGGAGGCCUCGGUGGGCAGUCCGGGGCAAUCAUGCUUGCUGUCGCUAGGGAGAUUGUGAGACAGCGACCAGAACUGCGACCCCCACUUAGGCGAGCAGGUUUCCUGACCGUUGACGCAAGGAAGGUCGAGAGGAAGAAAUUUGGACUCAGAAAAGCCAGAAAGAAGGAACAGUACAGCAAACGGUAG